AUGAGUACCAAUAAUGAUAACAACACCGAACAAACCAAGACUGGUUCCACCGCCAAAUAUUAUGCCGGUGCUGCUGAAGAGAACCUUGGAAAAUUGGUCGGUAGCGAUAAAAUGAAAGUUGAAGGCGAAUCUAAAAAAUUAGAAGGCCAAAGUGAAUAUGAAGGAGCCAAAAAUCAAGGUUAUGUAGAAGGUACCACAGAUAAAGUCACUGGUACAGUCAAAGAAACAGCUGGCAACGUCGUCAACGACGAUAAAAUGAAGGCAGAAGGAAAU